AUGUGUUUAUACACUGAGAUGCGUAAUAAGGAGCACAGAUGUAUAGUAAUUGUUGUAGGUCAAUGUAGUGAAUAUAUGGUUAAUCCCACCAUAACAUUUCUCUCUUUAUAGAUGCUAUCUCGCUUAUAAAAUCACCAAAAGGCGGAUCUGUGUCUCUAUUAGGGGUCGAUGAGGAAUAUGAUGCGUAUACUUAUGUAGAAAUCUAUCUCAAUGGAAGCUUGAUCGCUAGCUGCCAUGUAAUCCCUAUGGUACUACAUGGCAAUGGUGAUCGGAAAGAAAUGUUUCGGAACGGCUCUCUUCUUAUCUACAAUUUGACUGAUUCAGACAGCGGAAAUUAUUCUCUCCAGGUCAACUCUACUGAAAUUCAGACUGUUUGGCUUGAGGUUGUGGGUAAGUUCAUCUGAAUGAUCAUUUUCACACAUAUAGGGAAUGCUGGGUAAAACAAAUCUGCAGCCCCCUCUAUAGGAUGGAGAGGUACCAUGAAUACAGAUUCCCCAUCCCAUUAGAAGGGAUGUCUAUCGAAAGGUUUCUCCAAACACUGAUCAUUAUCUCCUGUAACUGAAUAAUGGCCAAGACCACCAUGUUGUGUCCUGAUAUUACAUGUAAUGUCACAUGCAUAUUCUGUGCUUCUUAAAUUAGAGGGACAAAGGUUUAAAAAUAUCAGGAAGUAUUACUUUACUGAGAGGGUAGUGGAUGCAUGGAAUAGCCUUCCAGCUGAAGUGGUAAAGGUUAACACAGUAAAGGAGUUUAAGCAUGCGUGGGAUAGGCAUAAGGCUAUCCUAACUAUAAGAUAAGGCUAGGGACUAAUGAAAGUAUUUAGAAAAUUGGGCAGACUAGAUGGGCCGAAUGGUUCUUAUCUGCCGUCACAGUCUCUGUUUCCAUAUCAGUGGGACUCUUACAUAAAAUAAACUGUACAAUAGUCUAUUUAUAUAUGAAACUCAUAUUGCAAACUACCCUUAUUUAUUUCUACAGUAUUUACUUGUUUGGAGUGUUCAUCUAUUACUCUCAUUGCAACCCCUCUAACAAAAUGAAUGUGAUGUCAGAGUUGCAAAGGUAGAGCAUUUCAUAUGACAUUCCGCCAUCUGAAAUAUUUACCAUUGUUUCUGAUUGAGCAAGGUAAUUGCAGAUAGGUUUCAGGCUUUUUCUAUCCCAUUUUAUAGAAACCACUUAAAUUAAAUAAACACAUUGAUAUGACUAUGCUCUGUUAUGGUCAUCUGACUAUGGAGAAAAUGGCUGUACUAGUGCUGUGAUGACAAUGGCGUGACUGCCUCACUAUGGGUCUGGCCAAGCCUAUAGGUAGCAUUUUCAUGAGCUAGGUGCCUGACAAUCUGGACACAAUUACUACUGUCUAAAAACUCCUCGAGUAACGUGUCUAGUCAGGCCUUGCAUCAAAAUGGGAUAAUUUAGAUUCAAAUAAUAUUGUUUUCUGAUCUGUUCCCAGGAAUUUAGAAUCAUGUGGAAUAUAGUUUCUUUGAUAAAAUUACUCCCAAAUUAUUCAUCUCUGAUUGCUUUCCCAGCAUAUGCACAGACGCCGAGACCCAAGCACUUGGACAAUGAAGACAGCCGGAAGGAUACCAGACCCUUACAGCGCAAAGGUACGAGUUGAGCCUCUAAAAUGGACUCCUGGCACCAUCACUAACUUUCCUAUUGGACUUGCAUUUCUAUAUUUAAUAAUUUUGGUGUCGAGAUGCCUCCCAUUUGCUUGGCAAUGUAAAACCAUCUCUGCUCUCUCUUCUAGACUUUUGUGCAAAAAUUAGUUUGAAUUGAUUUGUCCAAAUGAAAUCCCUGUUGAAUGAAUCGAUUCUGAAUUAGUAUCACCUGUUGAUUUCACAGCUAAAGCCACAGUUAAAUGAUUCAAAAUCAAUUAAUUUGAAUAUUACCAGGAAUUUAAUUCGGCAAAUUGCUUUGACACUAUAGUCACCAAUACAACUUUAGCUUAAUGAAGCAGUGUUAUUAUUAUUAUUAUUAUUAUUAUUAUGAUAUUUAUAGAGCGCCGUCAAAUUCCGCAGCGCUUUACAAUGGGUGGACGAACAGACAUGUAGUUGUAACCAGACAAGUUGGACACACGGGAACAGAGGGGUUGAGGGCCCUGCUCAAUGAGCUUACAUGCUACAGGGAGUGGGGUAAAAUGACACAAAAAGGUAAGGAUAGUAUUAGACUAGUGACAGUUACAGAAGAGGAAUCAAUCAGGAGCUAUUAACAGUUUAAUUGAAACGCUUUUAUGAAGAAGUGGGUUUUUAACGCUUUUUUGAAGGAGUGGAGACUGGGUGAGCAUCUAACGGAGGAGGGAAGCGAGUUCCUCAGGAACGGUGCAGCCCUCGAGAAAUCUUGAAGGCGAGCAUCAGAGGUGGGAGUACAGACAGAAGAUAGACAUAAAACAUGCCCCUGCAGUCUCACUGCUCAAUUCUCUGCAAUUUAGAAGUUAAAUCACUUUGUUUAAACAGCCCUAGGCACACCUCCCUGCAUGUGACUUACAUAGCCUUCCCAAACACUUCCUGUAAAAAGUAAUCUAAUGUUUACAGUUCCUUUAUUGCAAAUUCUGUUAAAUUUAAAAUGUUCUUGUCUUCUACUCUGUUAAUAGCUUACUAGACACUGCAGGAGUCUCUUGUAUGUAUUUAAAGUUCAGUUACAGAGAAGGAAAUAAAAACUUUAAAAGUAAGUUACAUCUGAUUGUUUUCAUGCAGGAUGUGUCAGUCACAGCUAAGGGAGGUGUGGCUAGUGUUGCAUCAAGACAAACAAAAUUGUUUUUUUUUGUAAAUCUAGUUUCAUUGUCAUUGUUUUCUCACGGUGAAACUCGCUGGUCUCUUCAGGCAUAGUAUAACUUAAAGCACAACAUGUGCCAGAACAGGUCUAAAAACAGGUAAAUAUUCAGGCUCGCAGGCCCACUUUAAUGACGGACUCGCAGGUAUUUUUUCCCAUUCUGUCUUGGUAAAAGUCCUCCCCAGUGCGGUUUCCCACUUGCCCUUAAAGGCAGGGGUCUCUGUCGGAGUCUCCCUUUGUAGUAGUGAAUAUAGGAACGAAACAAGAGUUUUUACUCCUAAAUUUCAUAGAAUUGAGCAGUGAAAGUUCAGAGGCAUGAUCCAUACACAAAAAAACUGCUUAAUUAGAGGGGGCAGAGCCUGACCGCGGAACGGAGCAAACGCCAUAUUGCUGAGCUCCUACACUACUGCACAGAAUACCUCAAAUAUCUGCCGAAACAAGCAUCCGUGCCGGAUGAGACAGAACCAGGCUGCUACUGGACACGUCCACCUCCUGAUAGAUGCCCUUUUUAUUUGACCCGGGCACGAAACGGCAGAGCCACAAGGUAGGGGCCUAUAUCACCCCAUACCUCCUUGGGUCAGGACCCCAUAGCCCACACGGAGACCGGGGGAAUCCCCACCCAGGCUGGGACCCCGCAAAGGUGCCCACAAACCUCCACACAAAUGGGACGGAGGUCGCAGAAACACAGUGCUGACCUCUGCCCACACUAGGGACAUUGGCACCAUGCUGCAGCAACAGGCGCCAGCUAAGAUGGCCGCUGGUGACUGCCAUGAGGCCUGCCACGAGUCCCCAGAGGCCAGCAGCCCGACCCAACAGCCGGAAUCACAACAACCAUGGGCAGUCCUAGCACCUGCAGACCCUUAAGGUGGCAAACCUGGCAACCAAAGAGGACAUUCAAGCCCAUUCCAUUCAAAGUCUCCACCAAUCCCAAAUCUCUAUCACUGCCCAAAUUGCACUAUUAGAAGACAGAAGUAGGCGCUGCAACAUUAAGAUUCGGGGCGUCCCUGAGGCGAUCCUCAUAGAGGAAUUACCCCAUUAUUUCAGGUGCUUUAUGACCACACUCCUUCCUCAAACUCAAGCUAAAAGGAUCAUAUUUUUUGGAGUAUACUGCAUAAAUAAGUCUCCACAAGCUCCAGCCACAGCGACACGAGAUGUUAUAGCACGAUGCUCAUCUCUGCAAGACAAGCGGACCAUCAUGCAGGCCUUACGGGAUCAGAUGCCAUACAAUUUUGAGUCAACACAACUCACUAUGUACCAAGACCUUGCAAAAGCUACCCUACAAUGGCGCAGAACUCCCUGAGCGACCACAAGCACGCUACAAUAAGCAGGCAUACCUUACUGCUGGACAACACCGUGGUCCCUCUCGGCCACACAUAAUGGAACUGUACUGAGGAUCACGUCCCCGCAAGAGGCUCCAGCCUUCCUUGGUGCUCUGGGUCUUGCCCCACCACUGGCAGAAAACCCAAAACAGCCCACCACCCCAGCCUCAACACAACCUACUCGCCCUCCCCACCACCCCAGCAGGCCCCAAGGUUAGGGGCACUACCUCACCCGAGCCCAUACCGAGUACAUCCAGACCACAAACUAACCACCACCACAUAAGUACCAAAAUGAUGCCCUCGGUCCCCACACCUGUUAUGACACUCACUGACAUAGGAUCACCCACGCAUCCUCCACACUCUGACACACAGUGGGCUCAGGAACAUAACACCCUACUGGGUCGAACAAAUUAUAGGCAAACACCGCUAUCACACUAUGCCAUCACCAGCAAGGUUAGCCCAACAUCUUAGACAAAAAUAGUGUGACCGGGAUGAGAUGCCUAGUUAUUACUCUACUCUGUAUUAAACUUCCGACCUACACUUAAGCGACAUAAGCACCUAGGAAAUGUAAUUCCUUUAACUUACCCUCUGUCCAAACCACCCAUACACAUGGUAGAUAUUUUUCAUCGCUAUUUUUCCUGUUACUCUCAAAAAAAAAAAAAAUGCUGUGAAUAUGACAAUUUCUGACAAUCUACCUCUUAAUCUCAUUCUGUUUCUAUACAUCAAAAUGUCAAUGUAAGUCUCAUAACUUACCCAUGCACUGCAAAAUAAAAAAUUAUAAAAUAAAAACAAUGAAAUAUCAGUUCACAGCUGAUAAGGGUAUGUAAGUAUGAACACUGAAUCAGCUCAGUACAGGCGUAUUCACUGGUUACACAUGAUCAUUAUCAUAGCUUGCAAGAAAUAAAAACACUGAUUAUAGCAACAUUUCUAGAAUUAAUUUUCUAAUAGGUGCUUGAUAUCAUACAGCCAUAUGGUAUGGAUGCUUGAUGGCAGUGAAAUGCCCUCCAGGAUGAAAUCAGGAAGAUUAACUAAACAGCAAACAGUGAAGAAAUUGUAAAUGGCAAAACUGCCACCAUAGACAACGCUGGAAGCUUUUCAUAAUGUGCUAUUGUGGCCUAAGGUGUGUAAUUACUUUGCUAAGUAUCUAAGGAUUGCAGUAUAGUAAAUAAAGCACAAAAUAGUUUGUUAAAAAAAACACAAAAAAAAACAAACAAAAAAACUGCUUCAUUAAAACGAAACUACAGUGCCGGGAAAACAAACCCCUUAAUAACCCCUUCUGUCACCUACCUGGGUCCAGCGCGAUGUCCCUUGGUGCUCCUCCCCCACGAUGUCCGCCGAUGGGGGGAGACCUAAUGCGCAUGCGUGGCAAUGGCUGCACUCACAUUAGUAUUCCAGCAUAGGAAAGCAUUAUGCAAGGCUUUCCUAUGGGGAUUCCGGCAAGACAUAGUGUAAGGACAUCAAGCGUUCUUUAGACAACCAAAAGUCCUCUAAGCACCUGGAAGUCCCUCUAGUGGCUGUCUGGUAGAUAGCCACUAGAGAAGGAGUUAACCCUAGCAGGUAGUUAUUGCAGUUUAUAAAAACUGCAAUAAUUACAUGCUCCUGGUUAAGGGUGAUUGGAGUUUGCACCUUGUUUUUUUUUUUGCCUAGAUGAGGUGUUUUUAAUAAAACUACAUCCAUCAGCACCAAAGUAGCUGUUUAGUAGAUAGGGAGUGCGCUGGUUUUUAAUUUUUUACUGGGAGUUUUCACCCAGAUCACUUCAAUUGGCUGAAAUGGUCUAGGUGGUAACAGUGUCCCUUUUAAGCUAAAGUUGUUUUGGUGACUUUAGUGUCCCUUUAAAAUAAAUUUUUGCACAAAUCUUAUUUUCAUGUGUGCAGUAACCAUGGUCUUCCUUUGUGUGCAUUUUGCUAGCUGGAUGCCUCACUAAUCUCUAAAUAUCUUUCCUUUCUGCCUCCAAGGACACAGACACCCCAAGGUAUGUUCUGUUGGUGUAAAGAUCAGGAUCUCCUUCUUCUAUAGCAUAAUGGAGGCCUUAUUUCUGAUAAUUGGUGCAAUUACAAAAAAAGGAGUAGCCUGGGGGCGCUGGUACAAAGCGCCAAGUCCCCCGCACCCAAAGCCCACUGGUUACUUCAUAGUGUUCUGAUGAGGAAAUCUUCCCUAUAUCCCUCCUAAGCUCUUGUAGAAAGUCAUUUAAUGUGAGAACCUGAGAUGAGGGGAACUUUGAUGAAUCCUCUAGAGCAGGGGUCCCCAACCCAGUCCUCAAGUACCCCUUAACAGUCCAGAAUUUAGGGAUUACAAUGGUAUUUUUAGAAAAGACAAUCCCUAAAUCUUGAACUGUUAGGGGGUACGUGAGGACUGGGAUGGGAACCCCUGCUCUAAAGGACAAAUGUAAUCUGGAAAACCAGCCAAGAUUCAGGAAGCCAGAAACACACACGAAAACGGGACAAACUUAGAAAUACCUAGAGUACAAGGUGAACAAACUCAUAAUAAACAAACCAGGACUCUGCGAAAAGGUCUGAGGGGGUCUAAAUAGACUGCCAUUUGGUUACAAUUUAGUCAUCAUGUGGCUGCACAGAAUUCUCUUAUUGCACGUGGAUGGGAGCGAGUGAUGGAGGGACUGCAGCCAGAGUAAUUUAUAUAACACUAUAUAGUCGGUUGUUGUCCUACUGGACUCGGUAGCUACCGUACCAUUGAGUGCACCUGUUUUAAAGCCAUGUGUGGUUAUUUACUCAACUAUAUACUGUAUAUAUCUGCAUCCAGCUUAACGUGUGCAGGUUUGACACUCCUGCAGUUGCAAUGUCAAUACAUUGUGUGUGUGUGUGUGUGUGUGUAAAGUACAAUAUUUGUUAAUGUGACAGGACCAGUGGUGACUCCCCCUCUCUUUCCUUUCAUUUCAUUAUUGGUGCCCAUGUAGCAAAGGAGGAUUGUGUAUGGUGCUGGUGAGGUGUGAUGUACUGCAAUAAACUCACUGAAUUUGGUGGAAAGAGAUUAUUCUGACUACACUACAGAAAAGGAGGGGAAAAAGGCACUAAUGUAUAAAUGCUGGAGUAACAGUUUUAUGUGCACAAAACUGGUGCAAAUGUAUAAAACAAGUGUGACAAUUUUGUACAAACUCCCGAAUAUUUCUCUUUGUUGUCCUCCAGGUCGGUUUAUUAUUCUGCCUCUGACUUUUGUGUGUGUUGGAUUUGGAUUCAUUCUCCUGGUGCUCAUUACUUCUUGCAGUAAGUAUGUAUGUAUGUUUUUGUUUGUCUGUAUAUUUACACAUGUAGUGUUUGUAUCUGUAUGUGUAUACUAUAUCUGUGUGUCAGUGUGUUUGUCUGUAUGUCUGUAUAUCUUUAGAUGUCUGUAUAUAUGUGUGCCUGCCUGUAUACCUGUAUGUGUCAGUGUUUUAUAUGUGUAUCUACAUGUGUCAGUGUGUAUCUGUCUGUCUGUGUAUCUGCAUGUGUGCCAGUGUUUGUAUCUGUGUGUAUAUAUGUGUGUGUGUAUGUAUGUAUGUAUGUAUGUAUGUGUGUGUGUGUAUAUAUAUAUAUAUAUAUAUAUAUAAACACAGAAGAUCCAGUGCAGUCACUCAUCCACUAAACAACAACUUCAAAGCUUACAGAGUUUAACCUAUUAACCCCUUAAGGACUGAGCCAAUUGUACAAGUUGUGAUCAAAACAUAACGCAAACAAAACCUGGAAUUUGCGCUAUGUGUGGUUCAACCAUAAUUCAUUUCUUUCAUAAUAAGUGCACCAACACUUAUUAUAUAUCAUUUUGUUCAGGAGAAACAGGGCUUUCAUUUCACAUCAAAUAUUUAUAUAUGAAACACAAUUUAACCCCUUAAGGACACAUGACAUGUGUGACAUGUCAUGAUUCCCUUUUAUUCCAGACGUUUGGUCCUUAAGGGGUUAAUGGUAAUGAAAUCUAAAAAAAGUUUGAGAAAUUAAUGAAUGUUAUUUUUCAAGUUCUGCCUGGUAUUUUAACUGUGCAUGUCAUAAUACUGUUAGCUUUUACUGCAAUAAAACACACACAUUUGUAUUCUAUGAUGUCCCACAGGUACAACGACGUCCCUGUGUACAGGUUACAGGGUGUUUUGGAAAGUUACAGGGUCAAAUAAAAAACUUGCCCAUUUCAGUUUUGACACAUUAAAAUUUGCCAGAUUGGUUUGCUGGGCCUAUGUUGUCUUUGAGACCGUAUCGCAGGCCAGGAAUGAAAAUUAACCCCAUCAUGGCAUACUAUUUGUAAAAGUAGACAACCCAAGGUAUUCAAAAUGGGGUAUGUCUAGACUUUUUUUAAUAGCCACUUAGUCACAAACCCUGGCCAAAGUUAGUGUUCAUAUUAGGUUUUUUUUUGCAUUCUUCACAAAAAUACUGCAUUCUCACUGUUAAUAUUAUAAGCAUUAUACAUGGUACUGCUCUAAAAAACUCAUAUUUGUUUUCAGCGAUGUCUCACGAGUUCAACAGUAUCCCCUAUGUACAGGGUUUAUGGGGAUUUGGGAAGUUACAGGGCCAAAUAUAAGGCUUGCCCAUUUCAGUUUGCCAGAUUGGUUUGCUGGGCCUAUGUUACUUUUGAGUAACAUAGUUUGUCAAGCAGGUCCCUCAUAUUAUAAUUAAUAGAAUUACUUCAAUAUGUUUAAAUAAUACAUAUACAGACACUCCUCACUUACCUACCGGGUUCCGUUCCUACGACCCGUACGUAGAACAAAUCGGUCGGUAAUUGAGGAGUUAAGGGAUUCCUUGCUCUGGUGCAUUCGUCUAUGUUCGGGAAAACUUCCUGAAACUUCCCCGAACAUAGACCUGCGCACUAGAGCAGGGAGUCCCCACGACGGUUCGCACUUAAGCCUGGUCGUAAGUGCGAGCCGUCGUAAAACAGGUAGGUCGCUAAGUGAGGACCAUCUGUGUGUAUAUGUAUGGUACAUAUGGUUUAUAUGUGGAUUAUCUCUUGUUUGCUUUCAAUCAGUCAUUGGUCACGCUUGAAUGUAUAUAGACUUGGUACCCACCCUGGGGGAAAGGUUUCCAUGUCAUUUACUUCAAUUAUGUUUUCAUUUCCAUAUAUCAUAAGAAAUUGCAGUAACAGUUCUAAUGUUGGUUUAUUAGGUUGUGUGUCUUGUUUUCUCAGUUUUUAUUUAAAAUAUGUUUUUAUUAUUUUUCUUUAUAUAUCCUAUUAGUGUCCAUUUCACCAACCAAAUUCUUUUCUGGUAAUAACCGCAUGUGACAACACGAGACCUACUGUGCCCACCAUGAGGAAUAUGCCUCGGUAUGGCAGUGGUCUCCAUGCCCUACUGACCCACAAUUAUUGUCAUUGUAACUUGUCUAUUUCUUGUUAUUAUUUGGAUUUUUUAUAAUCAAUAUGCACAGUAAGUUGGGCUUCUCUGCUGAGUGACUGACGUUAGUGUCCGUUUCAUUAUGAGUGAGACUAUGGUUGUUGUAGCCCCCUGGAGGAUCUUUGAGAGUAUUGCGGUCUUUAGAACCUUGGCUUCAUAUACAUGGCUAACUAUUAGGAGCCACAUGUUGUAAACUUAUUAUUGCUAAAAGUAGGAAUCCUAUACAUUACUAUUUUGCUUAAAUUUUGUGUUAAGGAUCAUUAAUAGUGUUUGUGAGGGUCCAAUAUUCUUAGCACUUUUAUUUACAUUAGUGGUAACUAUUUAAUGAUCUGUUUAUUUCAUAAUUUGUGUAUAAGCUAAAGACAAGCUAGAGGUUUUAAUUUUACCUGUGUAUUAACUUGCUAUUCGUCCUUGUAUUUUGGGCAUUUUGUCUGUCCUGCCAUUAUUUGUUUUUACUAGCAUGUUCGUGCAUGUUUAUUUACAUGCCCUUUGUGUGUGUUUUUAAGGGUUUUCAUGGCAACGUCCCCAGGCCGCGUAAUUGAGCAUGACGCCGUGCGGUCACGUGCAGAAGUCAGCGUUCGAGUAAGUAUAUUGUUAUGGGUAUAUAUGUUGGGUUUGUAUCUUUAUGUGCCUGUCCUGAUGAAAGUUAGAGUAUAUCAAACUGAAAUGUCGCUUUUUAAGUUAAGUAAUAAAAGUUAAUUUAUUUUUUUUGUUCAAGUCCUGAGAGUGCUAUCCUGAUAUGUUUUUAUUUAUUUAUAAAAAUAUAAUAUAUAUAUAUAUAUAUAUAUAUAUUUAUAGAGCGCUGUCAAAUUCUGCAGCGCUUUACAAUGGGUGGACGAACAAACAUGUAGUUGUAACCAGACAAGUUGGACACACAGGAACAGAGGGGUUGAGGGCCCUGCUCAAUGAGCUUACAUGCUACAGGGAGUGGGGUAAAAUGACACAAAAAGGUAAGGAUAGUAUUAGACCAGUGACAGUUACAGAAGAGGAAUCAGUCAGGAUCUAUUAACAGUUUAAUUGAAACGCUUUUAUGAAGAAGUGGGGUUUUUUAAUGCUUUUUUGAAGGAGUGGAGACUGGGUUAGCAUCUAACGAAGGAGGGAAGCGAGUUCCACAGGAACGGUGCAGCCCUCGAGAAGUCUUGAAGGCGAGCAUCAGAGGUGGGAAUAUGGACAGAAGAUAGACGUGUAUAUAUAUAUUCCAAGUAUAAAGUUGGCUGCACUCCGGUCUUUAAAAUUCCAAUAUUUAUUAAGUAAACAAAAUAAAAACGAGCAUCGUUUCAGUCCUUCCUGGGACUUUCUUCAAGAUCAAAACAUACAAUACAUACACAUUCAAAACUGCUGAAAUAUAUACCCCUGUACUGAUAAGUUAAUUGACUUACCCCAGCUGUCCUGCAUUGCUCCCAGAGUCUCCCCUGGUGUACCACGCAUUUGUGGGCGUGCUCAACCACAUGACCAUCGUAAUGAUGUCCUUCUGUAUGCUUUGUUGCCAUGGUAACGCGGUGUACCAGUAGGGAACCAUGGCAACAUGUAAACUAUGUUCGGCAUUCAUUAGUUGGCGUGCUGCACCACCUGAUUGCCGUAAUGGCGGACACUGUGUACCUGGUUGUCAUGGCAGCGCGGGACACUGCCAGAAAACCCUGCCAAUCUAUCAAUUACAACAGGGUCCUACUAGUACCCAGGGUUCUCAAUAUAUACAGCUACAUGAAUUAUUCUAAAAGAGUGGUUAACAAAGAAUCCUAUAAUUAACUUAAAUCCUGUAUUAGUGUGUGUGUAUGUGUGUGUGUGUGUAUGUGUGUGUGUAUGUGUAUGUGUAUAUAUAUUGAUACUAGUUUAGGAUAUAUAUACAUAGGAGAUACCUGUAUAAAGUGAAAAAGUGCUUUGUAUUUAUGUGCUUAUCCAAAUCAUGAAGUGCAUACUUGCGGACGUCAUCACGACAGUCAUGUGGUUGAGCAUGCCCACACAUGCAUGGUACACUGGGGAAGACAGCUACAGGUAAGUAUAAAUACCACUGGUUUACAGGAUUCGAUGUGCUGUCUUCAAUUGUUCAUGCUGUCCUCCAUGUGCUGAGUGAAUCUUUAUAUCUCAAGUUACACUGCGCUGUCUGUGAAGAAACAGACGUGUAUCUCUGUACUAUGUAUAGCAUCUCAAAGUGAAGGGUUUAUUAAUAACUCAUGACAGACAUGACUUUCUAUUGUGUGUCAGAUUUUAUUGUUUCCUAUAUCAUGAAUAUUCAGUAAAUGCUGAAUUGAACAUUAGUUUGUAUAACAAUUUUAUUUGUCACUAGGUACUGUUCCAUCGACUUGAACACAAUGGACGAUGA